AUGAGUUUUUACUUCACUUUUGGAUCCAGUUUUAAGAACGCAGAAUACUGCAUUCAAUGUCUGGAAGAUCAUUAUGCAAACAAAGAACAAAAUUUGUGUGCUCCAAAGAAGAUCAGCUUCUUGUCAUACAAAGAACCGUUGGGUUUAAUCUUAGCUAAUUUCUCUCUUUCCUUUUGUUUUAUCACAGCUUUGGUGCAUGGGAUAUUCAUUAAGCACAAGGAGACUCCCAUAGUCAAAGCCAACAAUCAAAACAUCACCUACACUCUCCUCAUCUCCCUCUUGCUCUCCUUUGUUUCUGCUUUGCUGUUCAUUGGCCAACCGCAUAAAGUUAUGUGUCUCUUUCAACAAGCUGCUUUUAUCAUGAUAUUCUCUGUGGCAGUUUCUUGUAUUUUGGCCAAAACGAUUACAGUCAUUUUAGCUUUCAUGGCCACCAAGCCAGGGUCCAGUAUGAGGAGAUGGAUGGGGAAAAGACUGGAUAUUUCUGUUGUUGUUUCCUGCUCCCUAGUUCAAGCUAUUCUUUGUACUCUAUGGCUGGCAAUCUCUCCCCCUUUCCCUGAUUUAGAUGCACAUACAAUGGCUGAAGAGAUUAUUCUGGAAUGUAAUGAAGGAUCGGCCAUCAUGUUUUACUCUGUCCUGGCCUAUAUGGGCUUCCUGGCCAGUAUCAGCUUCACUGUGGCCUUCUUAGCCAGAAAGUUGCCUGACACUUUCAACGAAGCCAAGUUCAUCACCUUCAGCAUGGUGGUGUUUUGCAGUGUGUGGCUGGCAUUUGUCCCAACCUACCUUAGCACAAAAGGGAAAUACAUGGUGGCUGUGGAGAUCUUCUCCAUCUUGGCCUCUGGCGCUGGGUUACUGGGCUGCAUCUUUGCCCCUAAAUGCUAUAUCAUUUUGAUUAAGCCUGAGUUGAACAACAGGGGGCAGCUAAUGAGAGGAAAGAACAAAUCACAAAUUGGAAAGUCCCAAUCUAGUUAAAGUUGGAGUGAAUGAGUGCCAACAAACUCAAGCUGAUUCCAGAUGAGACUGAGGAACCUUUGGAGGGCAGUUCCCUCGACUGUAUGGAUGGGAGGUUGCCUGCUCUUGAUGUGGUUACACUCCUUCUGAAGGAGUGGGUAAAUAGGUGAGGGCUACUUCUUGAUCCUUUGCUCUUGCUUGAGGCACAGGUGACCUCCGUGGCUUGGAGUGCCUUUUAUCAGCUUCAGCUGG